AUGCCAUUGAAGAUCCCAAAUCUAUCGACCACGGAUGCAGGACUGGCUCUGACCCAGCUGGAGAACAGUCUUCAGCAGAUUGAGGCUACCGGAGAGGCGUGGCAAUACAAACAGAGAGAGUUGUCCCAAAUAAUCGAUAACUUUGAACAGUUGUUGGCAGAGAAAGUUCCACUGUAUGAGAAAUUAUCUGAACGCCCAAUCCGCGUCGCGUUGGAUGGUAAAAUGAGGGAACAGGCUCGUCUCUUUUACAGAGAUGUGACCGCAUUGCGGUGCCGUAUCGAGAUGCAUUCUUCCGACGCUUUAUCGCUCCAAACCUCCGGAACUGACGAAUUUUCGUAUUUUAAUACUGGUGCUGAAGUGUCUGUCUCUCCUUUCAAGAAAGUACAAUGGAUGAAAAGUGGUGUCUUAAAGAAAAAAAUAGAGCAACUACAAUUGGAAAGCAAGCAGAUAAUUCCCCGCAUGCGAGCAUAUCUAGCUUCACUAUCCGUCAAUUUGAAUGCCAGUGAUUCGGAGACGCCGGCUUCCCUACCCACCGCAGUUGCUCCUGAGUUUCUUUUACCGCCCACCAAUGAUCGUAAUCGUCAAGCUAAUGGAGAAGAACAAUUUUACGUGACAAAUUUCUCGGACGCUGACAUACUGGAUAUGAGCCCUCGAAACAGCUCUCUUAGUGCUUCUCCUCCACCAUACUCCUUAUUCGAUCCUAGCGAACAGGCCUGCAUUGCGGCAUUAACGUCUGAGCAUUGGGCUCAGGGUCUACAUAACGCAACUGCUGGCAAUCAUAGUCCUCCAAGCUCCCAAUUGCGCGUCGUUAUCGAUGGCCUUGACGCAUGCCACGCUCAUAACGAUGACCCCGACCCAAGGCUUAGCAUGAUGUCGACAGCCACUUAUGUUACGGCCGCGUCCACUCUACCUCCAAGUAGCAUUGGGAACCUAUCGACGAUUCCGUCGUUGGAGUACUUGUAG